GGCUCGUCGUUGAGUGAUUCGACGUAAUACUCUCCGCAGUGCAUGCCUCGUAUACCCGCGCCUCUCUCCUCGCAUUACGAAUUCGUGCGCGCCGCUCGUUGGACUUUGUCGAAUAACACGGCGACGUGAAACGAUUUGUCGCGCUGCUUGUGUGUGCGUAUCGGGAUUUCGCGAUUUCGCGCGAGUUAAUUUCGCACAGGCGAAGGCGUUUAGCCCACGAUUUUUCUGUGAUUCUUAAUCGCGGUUCUUAGUGCGUCAACACAACCCGUGUUGGGUGAAGGGCGAUCGAGUGAAAUGGCUGAGGAGCAGCCGACGUACAAAUUGAUCUACUUCAAUGCGCGAGGUCGGGCCGAGCACAUCCGCUACAUAUUCGCCUACGCGGGCAUCGACUAUAUCGACGAGAGGAUCACCAACGACCGCUGGCCCGAGCUUAAGAAGUCGAUGCCUUACGGGAUGCUGCCGGUCCUGGAGAUAGACGGCAAGCCGAUAGCGCAGAGCAACGCCGUGGCGCGUUACCUGGCUCGCGAGCACAAUCUCGCAGGCAAGGACGAAUGGGAAUCGAUGCUGUGCGACGUGCUGGUCGAUACUUUGGGGGACCUGAAACAAUUUAUUUUUCAAUAUCGCACGGAGGAGGAUCUUUUCAAGAAGGAGGAGAAGAAAGCGAAGCUCCUGAAGGAAACAAUACCGUUCUACCUAAAUAAGUUUGAACAGACCGUCGCUGAGAACGGUGGUUACGCUGUGGGUUCCACGACUACGUGGGCGGACUUCGUGUUCACGGUGGCGUUGGAAAACUUCGAGAAUAUUUUCGGCGCGGCAGCGUUGGACAACUAUCCGGCGUUGCGCGGCCUGAAGAAUCGGGUGCACGAAAUUUCCGCCAUCGCCGACUGGUUGGCCAGGCGACCCCAUUCGGAGUUCUGAAUUCGUCGUCGUCGUCGUCAUCAUCGUCGCGACGGGAAACCAGCAGGAAAACACAUCGACGUCAAAAACAAGUACAUAUCCGCACUCCUCCAGCUCAUUAUCCCGCAUCGCCGCGGUAACGACGAGAGAGGGGGACGUUUCUCGCGCGUUAUACUAGAGGAAAGGUCUGAUGUAUAUUAUUAUUCGCGCACACACAAACACACAUACACACACAUACACACACACGCACACAUUUUAUGCUCUUGCUCAGAUAAAACCGCAAUAUCUCGCUUGUAUAACUCGACAUUAAAAGAAAGGGCUCGCCACUCUAUAAAGGAUACUGCGUCGUAAAACCGAUUCUCCAAAGUUCGUUAUAAGUUUGACACGUUUACGUCCCGCGCGAAAAUACGCCGCGAAAAAUAUACAGCACCGCGGAGAAAAUUUGUCGUUUAGGCCACCUUUGCGAGUUAUAAAAGGGAAACCGAAAGGACGAGAAUCUUCAGCUCAGAAAGCAGCUUCAACAUACAUGUGAGCCGCGAGUUUCCGCGCCUCGUUGAUCGACCUCAAUUUGUUUUCGCACUGGUGGCGAAUUGUAUGAGAGAACGGAAAAAACAACGAAGUUGAAGCUGAGGGACUACGUGUAUUACCGAGUGUCAAGAAUGCUUGUAUUCAAUGUGUUCAUUAUCGUGCAUCAUGCGUGUUACGUAUGCGUGAGCGGUGCAUCGCUGCGCGUCGAUAGAUAAUCGAGAUUAAAUGCGUGACGAGAUAAGUAUCUCGAGAGCGAAUCUCGUAUUUCGCGAUGUACUCGAUAUACUUGUUCCUCGCUACAGAGGCGGGUAGAACGCUCUGCUGAUCCUGUAUUGUCCCUAUCUUCUUUUGAAUGAAGUCAAAUCGAAUCGGAGCGUAGCGAGCGAAGUACGACACAUAAUACAGGGUAACACUAUAAAUACGCGAAAGGCAGAAAAACAUUAUAUAUAUUGAACGAGAUGAGAUUCUGUCGUAAUAAAAGUGCAAGGGUAUUACCGCGAUAAUGAACAUCCGCGGUUUUUGUCGCGAUGACAGCAGGAGGAAGGAGGAAGGUAGAGCGCGUGAUAGAAACUUUGUAAAUGUACCGUGUAAGAUUUUAGUAGCAACGCACCGUGUCGAAACAAGAUACCGAGCGAAAAGAUGUAUGCUUUUAUCGUGUAACUCGUCGUCGUUAGGAGGGGGAAUAAAGCAGACGAAUAAAAAAGAAAAACAGCGGACUUUCUAAUGCAUUGCAAUACAGAUAAUAAAGAGCUUUGUGAGCUUUCUCAUUGACGCUUCAUUCAACAACGUACUUGAUGUACGGCAACACAGUCAAUUGUAAUUAUCAAACGAGAAAAUAGAGAAGAGAAGUUGAGAGAGAGAGAGAGAGAGAGAGAGAGAGAGAGAGAGAGAGAGAGAAAGUAUACAUGUCUAAGCGCGGAGAUGUAUGUGCAACGUUGCAAUGUAAUAUUAAGUGUAACAUUAAGUGUUGAGAUUACAGAUGUAAUAUAAAUGUUAUUGUGGUUAUAAGAAAUGGUACGACUGAUAAUAAUAACGUGA